GCAUGACAUUUCUCCAUAUAAUAGGUCGGUGGAGAAAGGAUGUAUGAGAAAGCUAGAAAAGGAGAAAGCAUUGAACUUUCGCCACGACGGAUUUCAAUAUUCGAGUUCAGUGUUGAACGAAGUUUAGAUGACAGACAAAAUGUUAUUUUCCGGGUGACCUGCUCAAAAGGGACAUAUAUUCGAUCUCUCUGUGCUGAUUUUGGAAAGGCUCUGGGAAGCUGUGCACACUUGAUAGCUUUACGCCGAGAUUCAAUUGGAAUUCAUUCAGCAGAUGAUGCCUGGGAAUUUCGAGAGUUGGAAGAAGCAAUUAAAAAAGGAUAUUUCUAAUCUCGUGUUGUUUCUGAAGUCACCACAUUGCUAGAAGCCCAUUUUUGACAUGCAAUAAAUGUCAUUGAAUCUGUUUUCUAAUUGUUAAAAUGUAAAAUUUUAAAAGAAUGUUUAGCCCCCGUCUAUUUUAGGUUUUUUUGGCUCAUUUUAAUUGCAUUUUGGACCAUUGCAAGCA